CCACGUUCUUUCCCCUUUUCUCCGGCACCGGUGCUAUUCUUUUCUCCUACCUCCGUUGUUCUCUUUCUUUCUUGCUCUCAUGGGGCGAGGACAGCAGCACGAGGGAACCCAGAUCUGGAUUUGCUCGUCGUCGCGAACCUAGAUAUGAGUUCAAUCCCUACGUUCUCUCUCAAAUACUGUUUUUACAAGAGCGGGGCAGAUGAAGGUAGAUGAUUUUGCCUAAUAAGAGAAAAUAAUGUGGUAUAACCAGAUCUGAGUUAUUUCAUUGAGUUAAAUAUGCUUGUCCUCUUCUAGUAAUUAUUGAAUAAAUUCAGAAAGGCUUUUGAAAUGGAUGGGUUCGUCAGAUCUUGACCGGUGAGAUUAAGUCUGGCGUUGGCAAAGUAGAGAAGGUUGGUUUCCACGGGCCGAUCUCUGGUUUGCUUGUUUUUAUCCGGCAAAAAGUCAGAUAAAAGCUGCCACCAUCGCCAAAAAAUUGCCGAUUUUCUGCUUGUUUCUUGAGAAAUUUAUAUGAUUUUCAUUAAACACCGUCAUCGGCAAACUUCAGGACCCCUAGUCGAAACAUCGUCAGAUGCCGCUUCAUCCGCCACCUUUUUAGAAGAUGAUCUCCAACCAAUUUAACAAAACUACAAAAAUUUUCCAAUGUGAUGGAGGAGGAGAAUUCUCCAGUUUAGCAUUUGUUAAUCACCUAGUAGAAUGUGGUAUUAAGCAACAAGUAUCUUGUCCUGGUACACCAGAACAGAAUGGCAUUGUUGAAAGGAAACAUAGGCAUAUUGUUGAGACAGGUUUGACUUUAUUAUUGCAUGCUAAUAUGCCGUCUCGUUAUUGGGUUGAUAGCUUUUCUACUGCUGUUUUUCUCAUUAACAGAAUGCUUGCAUUUGUGUUAAACAAUAAAUCUCCCUAUUAUUUGCUCUACGGUAAGGUCCCUGAUUACUCAAUGUUAAAAGUGUUUGGUUGUCGUUGCUUUCCUUAUCUUAGAGAUUAUGCUGACCAUAAGCUUCAACCUAGGCAUGUUAUUUUUGAUGAACACUUUAUGCCAUACACUGAUCUUACAAAUAUUUCAAAGCAUGUUGCUAUAGAUGGAGAAUUUUGUCAUGACAUCCAAGAACCAAAAACAGUGAAGAAGGCACUCCAAAUUCCACACUGGUUCAAUGCCAUGAGAGAAGAAUUAGAUGCACUUCACAAAAACAACACAUGGACUCUAGUACCACCACCGUCUUCACCAAUGAAUAUUGUAGGGUCCAAAUGGGUGUUUAAAACAAAGUUGAAUCCUGAUGGAACUAUAGAAAGAUUCAAGGCUCAGUUAGUAGCACGAGUCAUUGCUCUUGCAACAACUUUUGGAUGGCCUCUGAGACAACUAGAUGUAAAGAAUGCAUUUCUACAUGGCAAGCUCAAAGAAACAAUUUACAUGAGUCAGCCACCAGGUUUUGAAGAUCCCAAACAUCCUACAUAUGUCUGCCAACUGCACAACCAAGCUGAUUCCUCUUUAGUUGUAUUACAUAAUCAACAAGGUGUUGCUUUGCUCCUCUUAUAUGUUGAUGAUAUUGUACUCACUGCAAGUUCUGGACUAUUACUUCAGGAUAUCACCAAUCAUCUCAGUAGACAAUUUGCACUCAAGGAUUUAGGAGCCCUUACUUAUUUUCUGGGUAUAGAGGUUAAUAAAUUCAAUGGAGGUAUCUUCUUGUCUCAGGCAAAAUAUGCAAGUGACAUCCUCACUCGUGCCUCAAUGCUUGAAGCAUCAACUGUCACAACACAUCUCUCAACUACAAAAUCAAUAACCCCAAGAGAUGCGGAACUUGUUGAUGCACAAGAAUAUUGAAGAAUUGUUGGUGCUCUUCAAUAUCUUACCAUUACUCGUGUAGAUAUUUGUCACUCUGUUAAUAGAUUAUGCCAAUUUAU